AUGGCCGAAGUCUCCCAAUUAGAGUCAUGGCUUGCGAAAUCUUCUUGUCAACAGUACUUGAAUCGUUUCGUAUCCAAUCAGAUUUCGUUUGAUCUCCUCCCGGAGUUGGACUCUGCCGCUCUCAAAGAGAUCGGCAUCUCUAAGCUUGGUGACAGAUUACGCCUCGAGAUAGCGAUUAAUGAGCUAAAAGCUACCCGGCUCAAGCAAAGAGUUUCCAUCGACUCGCUUCGUGAAGCAGUCAUUAAGUCAGGCGGGAAAUCUAAAAUCACCCCGUCGCAGUUGGAGCUAUUGGAACGGACCCAAGCACAGCCGGAGAGAUCAGUCACUUUCAUUCUACCUGAUGGAUCAUUAGAGAAGGUGGAGCUUGACGGUUGCUUCAAUGCGCUGGUUAUUAAACAGAAGGUGCUCAAACAAUUGGGGGCCAUCGAUGAUCAAUCGAUGUAUCAAAUGUUCAUCCACACCAAUACAAAUUCAGGCAUUACGAUAUCCCUUUUAUAUGACGUGGAAUUUGUUUCGAUUUGCUUCUCACCUGAGAGCACCGCCAAACAUCGAAUCAUGCUCACUUCGAAAGACUCUCCUCCUUCAUCCAGAGCCAUCAGACAAUCUUUACGUAUUCUACAGAGGACUGCUGGGAGAAAACCAACAACGGCGGCUAUGAGUAAUUUCUAUGGACAAAGGCCUCCUAGUGAGAUGAUCUCGUCUAAUUUAGGAGAGUAUUUUCCUCAGGCUAAAUUGCAUGAGCUCGAGACCACAAUUAGAAAUUCUGUGAGAUACAGUAAGCGCCUUCUGAAAAGAUUUAAUCUCGGAAAUAUGAAUCUGGCCAAUCUGCUGGCAAGGCAAUCUAUGUAUUCUGAUGAGAGAGAAUUACGGUCACUUGGUUCAGUUCCAACUAUCGGAGAGGUGUUACUUCACAACGAAAUUAAAGCUGACAAGGCACGAGUAACGUGGGACGAUCUGCUGAUAUUCAGUGAUAGAAAGAUGAAAAGCAUUAAUGAGGUCGAAUCUGAUGACCAGGGCUCAAUAACCACCUCCAUUCCAAUAAGUAAACGCAGCAGAAAACGGUUUCUGUUGGCGGCUCUGUUCGCUUCCGCUGACAACAGAGAGUCGCGAAUUGAGCUCAUUGAGUCAGAUUCUAGUGAAGAAGAUGACUUCUUAUCUCAAUAUGCCGAUGACACGGACGGUGAUGCUCAACUGAGAGAUUUUACUGGCGUAGGCAAAUGGGUUCAAGGUUCUAAGAUCGGGGCCGGUACUUUUGGUACCGUAUAUCUUGGUGUGAACCCAAUGACCGGAGAAUUAAUGGCUGUGAAGAGAGUUCCCAUCUCAGCGGAAGGUAGCGCAAAUCAGGAUACAAAUUUGGCCGACACUUUGAACCACGAAGUUUCUCUACUCAAGGAACUCAAUCACGAGAACAUUGUGCAAUACUUCGGUCUGUCUUCUGAAGACGGUUUCAUCAAUAUUUUCUUGGAGUAUGUUCCUGGAGGCUCUGUGUCGUCUUUAUUGAGACUGUGCGGCUGUUUCGAAGAACCUUUGAUUCGUACCUUCAUUCGCCAGGUUCUUGUUGGUUUGAGUUACUUGCAUGGGAAAGACAUUAUCCACAGAGAUAUAAAGGGAGCUAAUAUAUUGGUGGAUAUCAAGGGAGUGGUCAAAAUCAGUGAUUUUGGUGUGUCAAAGAAGUUGGGCGAGGAAGAUGAAGAAACGGUCGGCAGUUCGAAGGCUGCAAAACGUACGUCAUUGCAAGGCCUGAUCUAUUGGAUGGCCCCUGAAGUUGUGAAACAGACAACAUAUACUAAAAAAGCUGAUGUAUGGUCUGUGGCAUGUUUAGUUAUUGAAAUGUUCACAGGUAGCCAUCCCUACCCAGGCUUCACGCAAAUGCAAGCCAUUUUUCAAAUUGGCACAUUUAACAAGCCAGAAAUUCCAGCGUGGUGUAGUAGCGAAGGUAAGGAAUUCCUCGCGAAAACACUAGAGUUGGAGUUUGAAAAGCGACCAAGUGCUGUGGAAUUGUUGGCGGAUCCAUUCAUGACUAAUUUGGUGGUUCAGGGCGGCAGGCUGCCCACGAGUCCUAGGGUAAGAUAA